CAAGCACUUGUCUGCUCGAGUGUUCCCUAAGCCUUGGGACAAUUACUAGGCUGGUGGGUUGCUUCGGACCAGGGAUUCCCAAAAUGGGCUGUGGUUCGUCAGUGCCACAGGCCGAUGCAAUACAAGGCAUACCACAGGCCGUAGCUGAAGCGGAGGAAGCCGUUAUAACCCGUCUGCGCGAGGAGAAUGCGGAGCUUAGGCGACAGAACGCCAACUUGGCAAGUCAUGUGCAUGACUUGAGCCAGCGAUUAAAUGUUCUGAAUACGGAUGUCAGCGGUCUUCGUAUGGACAUGAUGCAAGCCAACGCCACAGCCUCAAAGGCGCUGCAGACCGCCCAGUCCGCCUCAGACCGCGCGGACGCCGCCUCUCAAGCAGCUGCUGCAUGCAGCCAAGCGCGGCCCACCACCCCAGCCCCCAUUCCCAUCCCAGCACCCGCUCCCCCUCCUUCCCUACCGCCUCCUCCCCCUGCACCCGCACCCCCGGACCCCGCCCUGCUGCAACGCAUUUCCCAGCUGGAGACCCACUUGGCCGCCGUACAGGGCAAGCUGGAAAGCAUGAAGGCCAGGGAGGAAUUCGCCCGGCAAUUCCGGGCGGCUCAGGGUGCUAUGGCGGCUCAGAAUUGCCUCGCAGCGGCCACACAGGCCGCUUCUGCGGUGGGGUUGCCCGGAGCUGGCGGAGGUGCAGCUGGCAAUGGAGUCAGGAGCAGCAGCAACGGGGGAACAGGCGGUGGCUUCGACUCAGCAGCGGCCGCGGCGGCAGCAGCAGGAGCCGCCUCGGGAGGCGGCGCCGGCGGGGCCCUUGGGCCGCUGUCCGCCCAGGCCUCCUCCUCCUCCCGGGGCCUCCAAGAGGAGGGGCCGGGGUUGGGCUACUGCUCAGGCGGCGGCGGGCUGGGGCCGCAGCAUGCAGGACUGCACUACCAGCAAAGCAGCUCCAACGCCUCCUUCUCCUCCGUGAACGGCCCUGGUCCCGGCCCUGGCCCCGGCCCCGGGGCGGCGGGAGGCCGGGUGUCCGCGGGCUAUGAGAACGGCGGUGGCGGUGGUGGUGGUGGCGGUGGGAUUGCCGGCAGUCGCGCCGCUGCUGCGGGCAGUGUCAGCAGCGUGGGCAACAGCCCGCCAUGCGGCGGCGCUGUGAUUGACGGGAGCAAUCUGCUGCCGGCGUGUAAUAACUUCCCCUCUCGUUUUGGCGGUGGCGGCGGUGGGGGGUUGCGGGCGGCUCGGGAACGCACGCCUGGCGGGCGGUUAGGCGGCGGCGGAGGAGGAGGGGCUGCUGGUGCUGUUAGUGCUGGUGCGGUGCAGGUGUGCGGAGAGGAGCGGUCGUCGGCAGGGUGCAGCCCGCCGGUGUCGGCGGCUGCCGUACUUAGCGGUGUGGGUG